UUUAAUUCCUAACCAAAAAAAAAAACUGUAAGAAGUUAUUUGAUAGUAUAUUUUAAAAGAAAAUUUGAUGAAGAACAUGAUACUAAAAAUUAUUUAAUCAAAAAUGAAGUGUAAAAAUAGUAUUGAUAUGAGCUGUAAAAAUCAUACUUUUAAAAUUAUUUAAUAGUAACUAGAAAUAAUUAUUUGAUAGCAAUAAGAUUUUUCUGAAAUUCUAAACAGAAGAUAAUUGUAAAAGUUUAUUUGAUAAUACUUUUCCUUUUCUAAAAUCGUAAACAAAAAUAUAAAAAGUUUUUGAUAGUUUUUCUUUUUUUAAUUGUAAAUAAAAACAAGAUUUGUAAAAUACAAUUUUUUCCUUUUUUAAAAAAAUCCCAACAAAAGUCAACAUACAUAUUUAAUAGUAUUUUAGAAAAAAAAUUUGAUGACAAGUAUGAUGUUAAAGCUAUUAAAUUAACAAAAACAAAAACUUAGAAUGUUAUCGUGAUUGGUAUUUAUGUGUUUGGUUAUACGACAAUCAAACACAUGUUUGAUAUAUAUAUUCUCAUGUUUGCUCAUAAAAAUUGAUUAUUAUUACUGUCACCGUACAUAUGUUUAGUCAAAAACAAAUCAAGCUUCAUCGUUGUCUUAUUAUAUUUUUUUAUUUUACUAUGCAGUAGUUUAUAAUUUAUUUUAAUUAAAAUAUUAUUAUGAAAAUAUAUCAUUAAUAAAUAAUGAAUCCAGAAAAUUAUUUAACAUCAGAUAAGUUUAAUAAAAUAUUAAAUUAGUAUAUAAGAAAGUGUAUAAUGUUGUUAUUUCUUCUUGGCCUUAUUUAACUUCCAAAUUCCUUUUUAUUUCAUUAUAAUUAUUAUUUCGGGUUGGAUCCUGUUUAAAUUUUUACGUUUGAAUGUUUUUUCUAGCUCUAACUAAUAUUAACUGAAACUUAUGUGUAAAAAAAAGUUCUUAAUUAUAAAAUAAAGUUCACAUAAUAUAUGCAAAAUAAUUUUAAAACAAUAAUAAAAUGAUUUUUAAUAUUUUUUAUUAAUUUAAAAUAUCAAAUAAAACCCGUAGCAACGCACGGGUCCAAAUCUAGUAUAUUUAUAUAGGUAAGAAGAAGAAUUUGUUCAAAAAAUAAGAAGAGUAACGUGAAUUGUGGGAGAGAAUGAGACAAAAAUGUAAUUUAUCUUGUUACAUAAAUAUUUUGUGUAUAUUAUUGAUAUUUAUGAAUGUUUAUAAUAUUAAUAUGAUAUAGAUAAGUUAAAAAAUUUAUAUUUAAUUGAUUGUGAAUUUAAUUUAGGAAAUGUUUUAUUAAUUUUUAGAAAGACAUGGAAAGCAUAAAAUUAGGAGUAAUUAUUACUUCAUUAAUUCUAGAAAAGACAAAGAUUACUUAAAAGUAGGUUCAUUUAAUUAUUUCAAUGGCACUAAGUUGUAAAUAUUGUGCAAGUUUAAGGGUUAGUUUCAAUGUGUACUUCUCUUUUAAUAGAUUAGAUAUUAAAAUCCAUAAAAUUUAAAAUUCAAAACCUCCGCUCCAACGGCCACUACCAAUAUAUUAAGUCUUACAUUGGCGCCUCUUGGGAAAAAAAGUAAAGAGAUAUAUAAAUAGGCCCACACACAAACCUUCCGAUUCCAAUAGGCAAUCCCAAUAAUAAAACAUCUUGUUUUCACAAUCACUAUCUCUCCCAAAGUCUCAAACCAACAACACACUCGAGCGAAGAUGGAUUUCCACAGCCUUCUCAGAAGAGAUCUUCAAUUUCUCUGCAAGAUCAACAAAAUCCCAGCUAACAUGACCAACAUCGCCAUGGCCGAUGCUCUCAAAUCUCUUGAGACUGUUGAAGGUCUUGAUGAAUACAUGAAACAGUCCGACUCCAAUGUUCUUCAGUCUCCAACCAGUGUAGCCAAGCUUCCGCCAAGUACUGCAACUAGAACAACCCGAAGGAAGACCACCGCUGUGAAACCUGAACCUCAGUCAUCUCGUUUGACGACGAUCAAGCCUCUUGAUGGAGAACUGGACCAAGAAAGCGUGAUCAAGAAUGUCAAGUUCGAUGUGGCUAAAACUCCUGCAGUGAGAAGCACAAGAAAGGCUUCUUGUAGCAGCAAAGCUCAGGAGAGUAAGAAGGUUGAGAUGGUCCAGUCAGCGUACAGCACUAGGAGAUCAACCAGGCUGUUGGAGAAAUGUAUGGCUGACCUGAGUUUAAAGACUAAAGAAACCUUGGAUAAACCUGAGAGCGUUGAAGAAACAGAGCAAGAAGUGUCUGCACAGGAGAAGAAUCCAGCUGGUUCAGAGGAGGGAACUGAAGAUGCUGCGGUUAUCUUAGUUAGAGAUUUAAGUGCUUCCAUGAAGAAAGAAUGGGAGGUGUUGAAGAACGACGACGAUGAUACUGCUCCUGUCUUGGAACAUUCCAACACUGAGAUAACUAAUGACAAUAAAGAGUCCAAGAACCUUGAAACUUUCGAGAGUUUAUUACAAGUCGAUUAUCAAGUGACAGAACAGGUUGUGGAGGAGAAAGAUUCCAAGCCUGAGAAGACCAACACUUCCCAUGAGGAAACAAUGGUGGACCUAACCGAUGGUGAUUCAGAAGCUGAAGCGGAGGAAGACAAUUCUGGUGUUGACUCAGACGGCACUAUAUCCGAAGCUGAUUCAGACCAAGCUGAUCAGCAAGAGAUAGAAGUGGCGACUCAGGAGAAUGAUUCCGAGGCUGAGAAAAUCAUCACUCUUGAUGAAGAUACAAUGGUGGAAACUGAUGGUGAUUCAGAAAGUGAGCAGGAAGGAGACGAUUCUGGCAUUGACUCAAAUGGCACAAUCUCUGAAGCUGAUUCAAACCAAGUCGACCACCACGAGACAGAACAGGCGACUCAUGAGAAUUAUUCCGAGACUGAGAAAAUCAACGCUUUUGAUGAAGACACAAUGGUGGAACAAACUGGUGGUGAUUCAGACACUGAGUCGGAAGGAGAUGAUGAUGAUUCUGGUGCUGCGUCGGAUGGCACUAUCUCUGAAGCUGAUUCAUACCAAGCCAUACAGGGAACUGAUAUUGCUGAUGGAAAGGUGAUUCUACCUGAACCAGAAGGUUCUAUUACGGCUCCAACUUCUCCUCUUGUGCUUGAAGAGGCUCCAGUAGAAACAGCUCCAGUAUCUCCAUUUGUGGCAGAAGAAUCAGUCUCAGCUCAGUUUCCAAGACCAAACAAAUCAGCAUCAAAGAACUCGGCUAUGAAACUGGUCGAUGUGGAUAAUACGAGCGAAAACAGCAUGGAGAUGAUGAUGAUGAUGAAUGUUGUUAAUGGAGAGAGCAAAGGUGAUGAGGCUGCAAAGAAGAAUGAGAAGGUGGACAUUGAUGAAGAGAACUUGAAAGAUGUUAGCAUUAGGAAACUUGUGAAGAUGGUGAAGAAACUCUCUAUAAAGAGUAGUAACAACAGAACUGCUUUGCAGAUGUUACCUGGUAAUAAUCAGAUUGCUGAGUAGUGUGGUGACCCCAAAACUGCGUUUUUAUUUUAUGUUGCCUCUCAGACAGAAAAAGAAAAACUGAAAAACAUGUGUUUGGUAUGAAUAAAAUCUCAAAUUCAGUAACGGUUAAGAUUAUUAACAGAUUGGUAUCAA